UCUCGCUCUCUGCACUCGGGCGGAGCGCAUUGUGUUCAGCGCGCGCUCACACACACACACACACACACACACACACACGUAGUCCUACGAUUUCGAGUAACGGAGUGGCGCUGAUCUGUUUUAGAGUCGCGUUUUCUGCCCAGGUUUUGCGCUCCUCUCCUCCUCCUUCACCACACCGGAUCAGCGGCGGCUGGUUUGCGCUCAUCACACACACACACACUCACACACCUUCUUCUGCGUUGGAGAGAUUUCACCCAAACACAUCAGGCUGAAUUCACAGGAGCCGAGCUCCAGCAGCACAUCUUGGCGGCUGAGCAGGUGAAGAGGAGUAGUGAGGAUGACUGAGUAUAAGCUGGUGGUGGUGGGAGCUGGAGGCGUGGGCAAGAGCGCUCUUACCAUCCAACUCAUCCAGAACCACUUUGUGGAUGAAUAUGACCCUACCAUAGAGGACUCAUACAGGAAGCAGGUGGUGAUUGACGGUGAGACAUGCUUGUUGGACAUCCUGGACACAGCAGGUCAAGAGGAGUAUAGUGCCAUGAGGGACCAGUACAUGAGGACAGGAGAGGGCUUCCUGUGUGUCUUUGCCAUCAACAACACCAAGUCGUUUGAGGACAUUCAUCAGUACAGGGAACAGAUCAAACGGGUAAAGGACUCUGAUGACGUGCCAAUGGUGCUUGUGGGCAAUAAAUGUGACCUUCCAUCUCACACAGUGGACACGCGGCAAGCGCACGAGCUCGCUCGCAGCUACGGCAUCCCUUACAUCGAGACCUCAGCCAAGACUAGACAAGGAGUGGAGGAUGCGUUCUACACACUAGUACGGGAGAUCCGACAGCACAAGUUGAGGAAACUCAAUCCUCCAGAUGAAAGCGGACAGGACUGCAUGAGCUGUCGCUGCGUGGUGUCAUGAUUUAAGUUGAGCUCUCCAAGUUAAUAAGUGGACCAAUGGCUCCAUGAGGCAGAGUGGACUACAGACUUUAAUUACAACUGGAGAUCAAAAUAAAAGCCAAGUAAAGCACUGACUGCAACAUGGACAUUUAAGGAAAGAGGUUGCUUUGCAGUGGCUGUGGUGACCCCCUCUGGCUGUCUACAUCUGUCUAAAAAACCCAACUAAUGACUUGUAUUUUUAUUUUUUUUUUGCUAUUCAUUAACUUCCAAGUCCUAAUAUUGGGCAGCUCCUUGGAUUUCAUCUAAUUUAUUAUAUUUGUAAGUCUCAACACUGGCUUCUUCAGGCCUCUUGUGACUUAAGCAUGAAAAAAUGCUCAUCUCAUAUGGACUGGACACUAAUCACCUCAUCCCACAGAGACACCGUGUUCUCCUCCAUUGCUGUCCGAGGGAAGCAUGCGAGUCUAUAAAUGAGGAAUCUGCCAAAUGCAGAGAGGACGAUCCAACAUCCCGUACAGGAUUUACUCCUCUCUUGACAGUUAGCCAUAUUUGUUCUGCUUAACAUGCUGUUGUUUUAACAUGUAAACUGUUGUGAAAAAGGGUAUUUGUGGUGAUAACCACACGGACUGUAAUCCGCUGCAGCACUAGAUACUAUAUGUGUGACGGCUUUUGUGUAUGUGUUUUAAAAGACAAAACUGUUGAUAGAAAUGCUGAACAGACUGACCAGUUACCGGAUUCCAAUAAAACAAUUUCAAGGACCCACAUGCUUGGCUAAAGAGUUCACAGAUUCUUGGAGUGUGAUCUAAUAAGAAUAGUCAGCUGGAAUUGCCUGAGACUCCGAAGUCAUACCAUAAAUAAUGGCUGUAAAUAUUCAUGUGUGGCACCGUAUACAGUGUCAGUGUAUGAGGAAAAGGAAGGCUACACUACAUAGGAUUUUUUUUAAUUAAAAUAGAAAUAAUGUGGUUAUUGAGUCAGUGGAGAAAAAAAGUAAUAAAGAAUAGUAAUAUGAUGUUCCUGAGCUGCUGUGGCUUGGCCAGAUAUUUGUAUGCAUGUGUCACACACAAGCUCAGAUACGCCAAAUGUCUUCACGCAUCCGAUUUUAGGCAUGAAACAAGUCUGAAAAAAAUCUGAUGGCAUCUCAAACUGCAUAGCACUGAACCAAACAGUCGAUCUGCAUACAUUUGGUAUCAUUACUAUUUAGGCAUGCUAUACUAAGAGCAUAUUAUGUAGUGUUGUAACACAACCCACAUUGUGUUUGGCAAAUACCCUUUUGUACAAGAAAGAGGAAAAUUACACAAUCUUCUGGCAUCAGUGAGGCUAUUUUAGAACUGGGUGAAAACAGAAAGGCUGUAGUGAAUCCAUAGUUGUCCUAAUAGGUUUACUCACACAAACUGGUUUACUGUAAAUACCAAGAGUUUCCGUGGUAUAUUAGAUCUGUAGCUUGGUUAACAAAUGAGAGAACGUAAUUUGCUCUUGAAGAAAUCACUGCUUUGUUCUGGCUACUUGCUCUGCUUGUCUUUAAAUUAAACGAUCAGUUUUAAAUUAAAAUGAUCACUAGCUAUUUUUCAAUUCAUUUUCAGACAAAUCAUAUGUCUUCCCUCACCACAUCCAUAAACCUUGACCUUCCUCUUCUCCUCUUUCCCGGUGGUUCCAUCCUUCCAAUAUAAUCCAAAUCCCUCCUCUGCACAUACCCAAACCAUUUCAAUCUCGCCUCUCUUACUUUGUCUUCAAACCAUCCCUCCCUCUAAUAUACUCAUUUCUAAUGCUCUUCAUCCUCAUCGCUCCCAAAGCAAAUCUUCAUCUCUGCCACCUCCAGCUCUGCCUCCUGUCUUUUUGUCAGCGCCAUCAUCUCCAAACCAUACGACAUAGCUGGUCUCACCACAAUCUUGUAAAUUUUCCCCUUCACUCUUGCAGUCACUUUUCUAUCACAAAUCACUCCUGCCACUCUUCUCCACCAUCUCCAACCUGCCUGUACUCUCUUCUUCACUUCUCUACCUCACACUUAAUUACUCAGGACCCCAAGUAUUUAAACUCAUGCACCUUCCUCACCUCUACUCCUUGCAACUGCACCAUUCUGCUACCCCCCCUCUCAUUCACGUGCAUGUACUCUGUCUUAUCCCUAAUGACUUCCAUUCCCCUCCUCUCUAGUGCAUACUUCCACCUCAACCUUUUCUCUAUUCUCACUACAGAUCACGUCAUCUGAGAACAUCAUAGUCCGUGGGGGUUCCUGUCUGAUCUCAUCCAUCAACCUGUCCAUCAGCAUAACAAACAAGAAAGGGCUAAGAGCUGAUCCUUGAUGUUAUCCCACUUCCACAUUGAACCAGUCUGUCAUUCCUACUGCACACCUUACCGCUGUCACACUGUCCUCAUACAUAUCCAGCACCAAGCUAACAUACUUCUCAGCCACUCCUGACUUGCUCAAACAAUACCUCAACUCCUCCCUCGGCACCCUGUCGUACACUGUCUCUAAAUCCACAAUGUAACUCCUUCUGACCUUCUCUAUACUUCUCCAUCAACAAAGUAAACAUUGCAUCUGUAGUGCUCUUCCUUGGCAUUAAACCAUAUUGCUGCUCACAGAUCAUCACCUCUCCCCUUAGCCUAUAGCCUCCACUUUUCUUUCUCAUAUCUUCAUGGUGUGUCUAUUCAACUUUAUUUAAGUUAAUUCAGGUCUGCACAUCUCCUUUAUAAAAAUCUCACUGCCAUAUCUCCUAUACACCUCCAUGCCUCCACUGGUAUAUCAUCUGGGCCAACUGCCUUUCCACUCUUCAUCCUUCUAAUAGCUGUCCUCAUCCUUACUAAUCCCCUUCACUUCCUGAUGAUUUCCACAUCAUCCAGCCUUCUCUCUCUCUCAUUUUUUUCAAUAAACAAACUUCUCAUGGCACGUGUAAAAAAGGGAAAUAGGGAUGUCUUACAGAAAAUAUAAGUAAUGUAACGCAACUUAUUAAAUAAACAGAAUGUUUUAGAUCAAAUUCUUUACUGCUCCUUGUAAGGUAACAAAACAAAUGUGCGUAAUAAUAAUCAUAUACAUGGAAAAAAUGCUCUGAGGGCCAAAUGUUUAUUACUGAAACACUCUUCAUGUGCCAGUGCUUAGUCAUGAAAGAUAUUUUGUGCCAAAA